GUACAGAAAGUUGCUCCCCAGGUUAUGCCAAGGUUGUGAGAGAGGGAGCCCCAGUUUGCUGCUAUGACUGUUCUCUGUGUAUGGAAGGAACGUUCUCUGUGCAAGGAGAUGCAGCCCAUUGUGAAAAGUGUCCAGAUGACCAGUAUUCCAAUAAGAAGCGAGAUCAGUGUGUCCCCAAAAAUAUAAGCUUCUUAUCCUAUCAAGAAUUGUUGGGACUCAUCCUGGCUUUCUUUGCCAUCGCUUUGUCCCUAACCACCGCCUUUAUUCUGGGAAUCUUCAUGAAAUACCGAGACACUCCCAUAGUCAAAGCCAACAACUGUGAACUCACCUACAUCCUCCUGGUUUCGCUCCUGCUUUCUUUCUUGACCUCCCUUCUAUUCAUCGGUCGCCCCGUGAAAAUGACCUGUCUCCUUCGACAAACCAUUUUCAGUAUUGUUUUCUCAGUUGCUGUGUCUUCCUUGCUGGCCAAGACUGUCAUGGUGGUGAUCAUUGGCUGA